AUGGCACGUGGCGGUGGCUUUGGUGGCGGUGGCGGCUUUGGCGGUGGUGGCCGUGGAGGCGGCGGCGGUCGGGGCUUCGGCGGAUCGCGUGGAGGCCGGGGCGGUCGGGGAGGCGGCCGCGAGAUGGAGGCGGACCCACCGGAGACCGUCGAGCUCAUCGGCACCUUCAUGAAUGCGUCGGAGGGCGACUUGGUCUAUAAGGUCACCGUGCAAGAUGUGGUGCCGCGCUUCAAUGCUUUUGUAUACACUGAAAACAAAGCCAAGAUUGGAAAAAUUGACGAAAUCCUGGGUUGUACCACGGAUGUCAUGUUUUCUGUAAAGCCAGUUCCGGGGGUCCAGGCAGGAUCUAUUAGUGAAGGAGACAAAAUUUUCAUCUCUCCCACGCAGAUCUCACCAAUGCGCAUGUUCACAGACCCACCGAAACCACGAGGACGCGGCGGACGCGGUGGUGGUCGUGGGGGCGAUCGUGGCGGUCGUGGAGCCAACGGCGGUGGCCGCGGUAAUUUUGGCGGCGGCGGUCGUGGAAACUUCGGCGGUGGUCGUGGUAAUUUUGGCGGCGGCGGCGGUGGUCGUGGAAACUUCGGCGGUGGUCGUGGUAAUUUUGGCGGCGGUGGUGGUGGCCGAGGAUAUGGUCGUGGGCGUGGUUACUAA